AUGGCUGGCCUGUCUCUACAGCAUCCCACGGCCUUUGCCUUCGGCCUCCUAGGCAACAUCAUCUCCUUCAUGACCUACCUGGCACCACUGCCGACGUUCUACCGGAUCUACAAGAACAAGUCGACGCAGGGGUUCCAGUCGGCGCCGUACGUGGUGGCCCUCUUCAGCGCCAUGCUGUGGAUCUACUACGCCCUGAUCAAGUCCAACGAGUUCCUGCUCAUCACCAUCAACUCCGCCGGCUGCGUCAUCGAGACCCUCUACAUCGUAAUGUACCUCCUCUACGCGCCAAAGAAGGCAAAGCUGUUCACGGCCAAGAUCCUGCUGCUCCUGAACGUGGGCGUGUUCGGGCUCAUCCUCCUCCUCACGCUGCUGCUCUCCGCCGGACAGCGCCGCGUCGUCGUCCUCGGCUGGGUCUGCGUCGCCUUCUCCGUAAGCGUCUUCGUCGCGCCACUCAGCAUCAUCCGUCAAGUGGUGCGCACAAGGAGCGUGGAGUUCAUGCCCUUCUCGCUCUCGCUCUCGCUCACCGUCAGCGCCGUCGUCUGGUUCCUCUACGGCCUGCUUAUCAAGGACAAAUACGUCGCCCUGCCAAACGUGCUCGGCUUCACCUUCGGUGUCAUCCAGAUGGGCCUGUACGCGCUCUACCGCAACGCGACGCCCAGGGUGCUGCCGGCCAACGAGGUGGCCAACGACGACGCCAAGGAGGAGGCGAUGUCGGUCGACGACAGCACUUUCGAGGUCCCCGGCGAGCAUGUGGUGACCAUUGCCGAGCUCACCACCGCACCUGCCGUGGCGGAGCUAAUCAAGGCCCGCGAUGCACACCUGGCUGAUGCAGCCCUGGCCCCGCUACCCCCGGAGGAGGCCAAGCCAGCCGAGAGCGGCACGGCGGCGGCGCCGGCAAACGACGUCCAACUCAACGCCGAGCAAGUCUAG